AUCAGUGGAUGACUCAGAUUCAGAAGAACAACAGUGAGCUGGUGACUCAGCACUUCCUGGGGAAGACAUUUGAGAAUCGAGCAAUGUAUUACCUACAGAUCAGCCAACCAUCAAAUGAACCCAAAAAGAUAAUUUGGAUGGACUGUGGGAUUCAUGCCAGAGAAUGGAUCUCUCCAGCCUUCUGUCAGUGGUUUGUAAAAGAAAUUCUUCAAAAUUACAAAACUGACCCAAAGAUAAAUAGAUUUCUGCAGAAUUUAGACCUCUAUGUCUUGCCAGUUCUCAAUAUUGAUGGCUACAUCUAUUCCUGGGAAAAAGUAAGUAGUGAAAAUCCAGGAACUAGGCUGAAAGUUAGAUGUGCCCAGCAUGUAUUGUUAUUUUAGAGAGGG